AUGCGUUUAUUCGUUGGUUACAAAUCAUCAAAUCAAAACUUUAAACAAUUAGAAGUAGAAACCGAAAGAGGUGAUGCCGGUUAUCUUCAGAUGGAUUGCGCCCGUGAAUCUUUCGCAUUUGCAACAUAUAAACCAAAAUCAGAAAGGAAAGUUAAAAAGUUUGUUCAUUCGUUAUAUAAUAAUGUUCAAAAAUAUGAUAACUCAGUAUGUGGUAAAUAUAUUGACCCUUCAGAAGUUUUCAAGAGAGCAAAUGAAGAAGUUGAUGUCACUUUUGAUAUGAUUAUUCCGGUAAAUGAUUUGUUAGCAUUUCAGGCGUUCGAUGAUUAUCCUAAAUCAUUUGGUGAUAUCAUUCUUAAAUAUUAUGUUUUCAGGGAUACUCUAGUAUUUUGUCAGGUUGACCCGUUAAGAGUUGCUGAUUUACAAAAUUACGUUUAUGAAAAGAUUAUGAAUCAUGUUUAUAAAUAUGAUCGCAAAUUCCAACAAAUCGGACUUCCUGCCAAAUUAAUUACAAGCUUAGCCGCGACAUCUGCUGACGCAAUAGUUGAUGACGUUAUUAUUUCAUGCACAAAGAUGGAAGUUUUAGAGGAUAAAUGCAUUACACCAGGAUACGGUUUAAUUGAAGAAUCGGUUAAAGCAAUACCACGUUUAUUUAGUAAGGAAGAUCCAUUCAUGAUUCCUGCUCAACAUAUUGACGUUCGUUCACUAAAUGGAGGUUGCAUCACUCCUGAAGGUAUCAGCUCAGAUUUCUCAUACGCUCUUCAUAAUGUUACAGAUGUUGUGUUAACAUUUCCGAAGAAUGCAAUGCAAAGAACGGUUUUAGAAAAUCCAAUGCUUCGAGGUCUUCAGGUCACUAUAGAUUCCAGAAACUUCCCCGAUCAAGCGAUGACCACAGUGGGUGACAUAUUCUUUACACGUAUGCUUCAAGCUUCUGAUUUAGAUGGA